AUGGAUAGAUCUUUUUGCAUCUCAGACCUCAGCUCAGAUUCCCAAUUUUGUAACCAGGACUUGGGCAAAAGCAGCUUGGAAGAUGGAGGCGAUGUCCUUCCAAUGGACAGACAUUCCGACCUUUACGCUUUCCCCCCUCCAUCUAUUUUGAUGAAGGUGUUAGAGAAACUUCGUAGGGAUAGGGUGCCCAAUCUGGUUUUAGUGUACCCCAUUUGGACAUCGAGACCAUGGUACCCCCAGAUCAAACCUCUAAUCAGGCGACCAAAGGUUCCAUUAGGCUGGAUAGUGGAUUGCUUCCUAGGGACCAGGGAUCUCUUAACCAAGCUCCCCCAACUUAUGUAG